CUCCGACGUCCCGACCCAUUCUUCUCCCUCACGCAAAUCAGAGCUGCUCCGACUGCCAUUUUCUUGGACCCCAAAAGCUUCAGGCGUCCUCUCCUCUGUCCCUCCCGCAGACAGCUCCAUAAACGGCGACUAGUUGUCAUUGAUCUCUGCAGUAGAUUCAAAUUGUGGUGGUCUGAACGUCCAAAUAGCGGAAGUGUCCAUUUCGAAGAGCUUGAUUUGUGAGGUAUCAUUUCAGAAGAAUUACAAUGGUACGACCUUAUGCUAUUAAAGGUUAUAAGAUGAAGAAAUCUGAGAGAUAUGACAAGGAAGAAGAAGCCGAUGGUUCAUUUGAGAUUGAAUAUGGAAUUCCAAUUCCACCUCCACAAUCUCAACAAUCAAAGCCCAAACCACAAACAGGUGUUAUAUUUGUCCUUGAGAGAGCUUCUUUGGAAGUUGGCAAAGUUGGAAAGACUUAUCAGCUUUUAAACUCUGACAAUCACUUAAACUUUUUAAGAAACAAUGGAAAAAAUGAAAGUGAUUACCGACCCGAUAUUGUCCAUCAGGCCCUUUUGGCCAUCUUAGAUAGUCCACUUAACAAAGCUGGAAGGUUAAAAGGAUUAUAUGUGAGAACUGAGAAAGGGGUUUUAAUUGAAGUGAAACCUCGAACUCAUUUGCCAAGAACAUCCAAACGUUUUUAUGGGCUCAUGUCGCAACUGUUACAAAGGCUAAGUAUAAAGAAUGAAAAAACUCAUGCAAAACUUCUGCGUGUAAUCAAAAAUCCUGUGACUCAGUAUUUACCUAUUAAUUCUCAUAAAAUCGGGUUCUCUUUUAGUUCGGAAAAGUUGAUAAAAAUGAAAGAUUAUGUCCAUAACUUUGAAAAUGAUAGAGACAUCGUUUUUGUGGUUGGUGCAAUGGCUCAUGGAAAGAUUGAGCCGGACUAUGUCGAUGAUUUUAUAGCUGUUUCUAAUUAUCCGCUGAGCGCUGCACGUUGUACAACAACGAUUUGCCAUUCGCUAGAGGAAAAGUGAACAUAAUUUGAAGUGAAAUUCGUCUCUACUGUUAGGAUUAGCUAUUAAAAAAACUAAAUUAUUUAUGAUUGUGAGAGAAUUUCAUUUCUAUUCCCUCCUUUUUAUUUUUGAUUGGGAAAUUUCUUGGAAUAAAUUUAUUGAUAUGCCAACAUUAUGGCUAAUCCCAAAAAUAGGCUAUUUAGUAAAAAUUGGAUCACUUUCAUUCCAAGAAUCAUAAUGGUAAUGCUGUCACCUGCAGAUGAGUAUGAUUUGGAAAUUAACUUUACUGUUGGAAUUUUGAUGAUGCGAAUUUAGCUUACAGUUACACUUUUUUUGUCA